UGCACUCCGUACACACAUCGCUCGUUAUACCAGUGAGCAAGUAUCACAUCGCUAGCAAAGAACCCCGUUUGUAGAAAUUGUAAUUCAUUGAAAAGAGAUCCGUCAUCGCGAUUUGUUUACAUCGUAAUAAUAUAUCCAUUGAAAACCUUCCCAUUGUCUCCCCGUGGAUGCCCAGCCACUUAAUCCUCAUUAUCUCCAUGUAAAGCAUGGAAAAGAACCCGGAGAAUCGCCGUCGUGUCAAGCUGUACGUGCUCAACGCUUCGCGUCACUGGGACGACCGUGGAACCGGACAUGUCUCGGCCAUCUACUCGGAGCGUCUCAUUGGGAUGUCGCUCAUCGUGCGCGAUGAGCAGUCCGCCGCCGUCCUGCUGGAAUCCAAGAUCGACAUGGAGACCAGCUAUCAGAAGCAGCAGGAGACACUGAUCGUCUGGUCGGAGAACGACGCUGAUAUGGCCUUGAGUUUCCAGGAGAAAGCUGGCUGCGAGGAAGUCUGGGCUAAGAUCUGCCAGGUGCAGGGCAAAGAUCCCAGUGUGGAAGUGACGCAGGACAAUCUGGACGAGGACGACGAGGAGGAGGUGGGUAGUUCCCUGGGGGGCUAUGGGGCCGCCGGGGGCGAGGGGGUGGCGGGCGGGGGGCCUGCGGGGCAGGGCAGCAGCAUGGCCGGACCCCUGCUGCCUGGCUGUGAGAUGGGCAAACUGGAGAAGAUCGGUGAAGUGGUCCAGGGCUGUAUGGGCCAUCCGCAUCAGCGGGACAAACUGGCCACGGCCAUCGAGCAGGAGGACUACAUCAAGAAGUUGCUGGAGUUGUUUAAAAAGUGCGAGGAUAUGGAGUACACAGAAGGUUUACAGCAGCUCUUCUCGAUAAUGAAGAGCAUCCUCAUGCUGAACCGCAACGCCCUAUACGAAGUGCUGUUUAGCGAUGAAUGCAUCGAAGACGUGCUGGGCUGCCUGGAGUGGGACCCCACCGGCGCCAAUCCUCGGCGCCACCGGCACUACAUCCGGGAUAUUGCCAAGUUCAAAGAAGUCAUCCCGCUGGAAAAUCCGGAGCUGUACGCAAAAAUCCAGCAAAUGUACCGCGUCCAGUACAUUCAGGACGUGAUACUCCCCUCACCGACACUCUUCGAUGAGAACAAUCUCAACACCCUUCAGUCCUUCAUCUUCUUCAAUAAGAUGGAGAUUGUCAAUCUGCUGCAGGAGGACGAGCGGUUCCUGAAGCAGUUGUUUGCUCAGUUGUGCUCCAGUGAGACGCCCGUGCCCAAACGCCGCGAUGCCAUAUUGUUCCUUAAGGAAUUCUGCCAGUUUAGCCAGACGCUGCAGGCUAUGCAGAGAGAAGCCUUUUUUCGAUUGUUAAUGAAUCAUGGAAUACUACAGGCAAUACAGGGAGCGCUGGACGUGGAUGAUCAGAAAACACGUUCGGCCACCGUCGAUGUGUUUACGUAUAUUGUGGAGAUGCAUCCAUUUGUUGUAAGGGAAUUCUGCAUGACGCAGGCCGCGAAGGAAGCCAACGAUAGGAAUUUGUUCUUUGUUCACAUCAUCCGUCAAGCGGUAGUCGCCGAUCCUGAUCCUCAGGCGUCCGGUGCUAUGCAGAUAUUAACCAUAAUGCGGUUACUUUUGGAUCCGGAGAACAUGCUUAACUCGCCGAACAAGACGGAGAAAACAGAAUUUUUAAGCUUCUUCUACAAGCGUUGCAUUCAGUAUUUAUUUGAACCGAUCAGUGCCAUAACUGCCUCCGGUAGCCUGCCGAAGCGGGAAGAUAUUCGCACGGUGCAUAUCCUCAAUUUGAUCCUGGAAUUUCUCAAUUAUUGUGUGGAACACCAUACCUUUCACAUCAAGAACUUCAUCAUAGGACGGGACGUUUUGAAGAGUGUACUGGUCUUAUUGCAGUCGUCUCAUCAGUUCCUUGUCGUCGCUGUCAUAAGGUUUCUACGGAAGAUUGUCGGGUUAAAUGAUGAUUUUUAUAAUCGCUACAUUGAACGCGGCGACCUGUUGAAGCCGGUGUUGGAUACCUUCCUCCGUAACGGGCGCCGUUACAACCUCCUCAACUCCUCCAUCCUGGAGCUUUUUGAAUUCAUCCGACAGGAGGAUGUCAAACGGCUAAUAAUUUACAUUAUCGGACGCUACUGGGAGCUUCUGCAGCCGAUCAGCUUCACGCAGACCUUCAACUCCCUCCACGUCCGGUACGGCAUCCACACCAACCCCUCACCCGAACCCAUUCGGACGUCGCUGGUCGACCGACCCGCCACGCCCGAAGUGGCCGAAUCUGGCAUCGGCAAGGCGCUGAUGUCGCGCAUGAACGCUCUCAGCGGGGCGGGCAAUGCCAAGCGGUUCCGGCGGGAUGAACGCGAUCUGGAUCAGGAUGAGGAGCAGUGGUUUGAGAAUGAUGAAGCGGAAACGCCGGCCGCCAGUGGCAGCGGGGAUGUGGAGAUGGAGUCCGCGCCCGAAGGGGAGGACGGCGAGAAGUUGACUGCGCUGACCAGUAUGAAGAGUCUGCUCGGCAUUAACACGGCGCCGCCGGUUAAAAGGCCCAACCCGGAUGACGGUGACGACGAUGAUGACAGUACAUUCACCGGCGGCGCGUGGAAAUCCACCGCCAACCGCGGUUCCCCUCGGAAAGUCGCAGUCCGAUCUCCUUCUCCCUCCUUCAAGGUCUCCCUGGCCUCCGCGGACUCUACUCGCCAACUGAACACCCCUCCUUUCACCGACACCUACACGAACGGCCUGCUGACUUCCUCCCCGGAGAACCACGUCAGCACGUCCUCCGCGUGGCAACACGACACCAUCAACAACAACACCAACAGCGAUACACCCCCGAAACGCGUUUCCCCCUCCCCUUCCCCUCCGCCGCGCCUAUCACCUCUCAAUCCCAGCCUGAAACCCGCCAGCCCCUCCCUGGUGGACUAUCCGGAUGAGGACGAGGAAGAACUUCCCGUCGCCGUAAGCGGGGAGAGCAACGGGACGGCGGAGGAGCAUUCCAGGAGGGAAACACCGCCGGAGGUGGCCUCGUGAAGGGGGUGGGAGCGGGGCGGGGUGGAGUUUGUUUAUAUCGUUUGUUGACCGGAAAUGGGAAUCCAAAGACGCUGGUUGUUGUUGCCUCUGUUUCUCUCACAAACACACACGUUCUGACUGGGCAGUUUUCAUGCGUUGAUAUUUUUUAACUAUACUGUUAUACUUUGUAUGCAGACCGGAUUUUUUGUAAGUACCGGAUUAUAAUUAUGGUAUGUAAAGGAGUUCGGAUGGAAGACGUCGUCUUGUUGGUUUUUCCCCUCGAGUACGGAAUGUUUCCCUUAUUUAAAUUAUGGCAUAUUGUGCUCUUUUUCUCUCUCGUGCGCGCGUCUCUAUUGUUUUUGGUUUUAAAUUUGUGAAAAUUUGCGUGCGUUAAAAAAGAUAUUAAACGAUAAUUCGAUUUA